UGGAACUGGAGCCGGAUACACAAUCAGUGCUGCUGCUCUGUCCCACAGUGGAGAGUACUGGUGUGGAGCUGAAAGAGGGAGCAACCCGUUUAACUCAGACUACAGCAGUGCUGUCAAUAUACAAGUAUCAGAGCUGUUUAGCACACCCACUAUGACAGUGAUGCCUGAUGCCUCAGUGUGGGAGGGAGAGGCUGUGACUCUCCAGUGUGAGGCUCAGAUAAAUAAACAGGGCACACAACUGCAGUACCGCUAUAUCAAAGACAAUGGGGAUCUGAGUGGAGCUCGAUCACGGGAUCCAUACUCAAUCCCAGCGGCAGAGCCGAGAGACACAGGGAUCUACCAGUGUGAGGUGGAGGCAGCAGGGACGGGGCUGAAGAAAAGGAGUGGUUCUGUAUCACUGACUGUGAGAGAGCUGUUUAGGAAACCCAUUCUGACAUUCACCCCUGUGAGUCCAGUGUGGGAGGGAGAGGCUGUGACUCUGCAGUGUGGGGUUCAGAUAGAUAAAUGGGGCACCCGGCUCCAGUACCGCUAUAUCAAAGACAAUGGGGAUCUGAGAGGAGCUGGAUCACAGGAUCAGCAUUCAAUCCCAGCAGCAGAGCUGAGAGACACAGGGAGCUACCAGUGUGAGGUGGAGGCAGCAGGGACGGGGCUGAAGAAAAGGAGUGAUUCUGUGAGGCUUUCUCUGAAAGAGCUGCCCCAGACUACACUCACCCUGGAGCCUCCAUUCCCAGAGAUAUGCACUGGGGAGACAGUCACUCUGAGGUGUGGGGUUGAGGGGGGUUCUGCUGGCUGGAAAUAUCUCUGGUACAAAGACAGUGAGGACACUCCAGUGCUCCAGACUGCUGGCUGCAGUAUAACUUGUGACAGCUACACAAUCACUGCAGCUGCUGUAUCUGACCAGGGCCAGUACUGCUGUCGAGGACAAAGAGGAGAUCAGCCACUCUACUCACAUCUCAGUGAAAAAGUAAUAUUAACUGUGUCUGAUGUUCAUCCCAAGGCUGUCCUGACCCUGCAGCCUGCCUGGGCACAGAUAUUCACAGGAGAGACAGUCACCCUGAGGUGUGAGGUGGAGGGGUGCUCUGCUGGCUGGAGGUUUAAACAGUACAGAGAUGGACGUGAAAAGGCAGGGUGCAGUAAGCAAUACAGCAGGAGAGAUGGGCACAGCUGUACAAUCAGUAACGCUCAGAAUUCCCAUAGUGGAGUUUACUGGUGUGAGUCUGGACAGGAGCGCAGUAAUGCUGUCAACCUAACUGUGUCCAAGCUGCCCCAGCCUACAAUCACCCUGGAGCCUCCAUUCCUAGAGAUAUGCACCGGGGAGACAGUCACUCUGAGGUGUGGGGUUGAGGUGGGUUCUGCUGGCUGGAAAUAUCUCUGGUACAAAGACAGUGAGGACACUCCAGUGCUCCAGACUGCUGGACGCAGUAUAACUGGUGACAGCUACACAAUCACUGCAGCUGCUGUAUCUGACCAGGGCCAGUACUGCUGUCGAGGACAAAGAGGAGAUCAGCCACUCUACUCACAGCUCAGUGAUAAAGUAAUAUUAACUGUGUCUGAGGUUCGUCCCAAGGCUGUCCUGACCCUGCAUCCUGCCUGGACACAGAUAUUCACAGGAGAGACAGUCACCCUGAGCUGUGAGGUGGAGGGGGGCUCUGCUGGCUGGAGGUUUAAACAGUACAGAGACGGACAUGAAGAGGUAUGGUGCAAUGAUCAAUACAACAGGAGAGAUGGGGACAGCUGCACAAUCAGUACCGCUCAGUAUAACCACAGUGGAGUGUACUGGUGUGAGUCUGGACAGGAGCGCAGUAAUGCUGUCAACCUAACUAUGUCCAAUACAUGGGUGAUUCUGCAGACGCCCCCCCAGCCUGUGAUUGAGGGAGACUCUCUGACUCUAAGGUGUCGUGUCCGCACAAAUUAUACAUUUUCUAGGAUUGUCUUUUUUAAAGAUAAUGAAGAGAUUCAGUCCCCGAAUAACACAGAGCUGAGUGUGGAUCGUGUUUCAAAGAGUGACGAGGGGUCCUACAAGUGCAGUGCGAUGUGGAACUCCUCCACUUACUCUGGUGACUCUGCAGAGGUGCGGGUGUCAGUGAGAGAGCUGUUCUCCUGGGUGACUCUGACAGCCUCUCCAGGAGCCACAGUGAAGGAGGGAGAGGCUCUUAACCUGACCUGUGAGGCAGCAGUGAACAAAACCCCCCGCCCUCAACUCCACUACACCAUUGUGAGAGACGGGGAGCCUGUGACUAACAGCACUGACUCUGCACUGUACAGCAUAGCCAGCACUGAGAAGAGCCACACUGGGAGCUACACGUGUGCUGUGGAGUCACAGGGAGUGAAGAAGAGCAGCCAGGAGCUACACAUUGAAGUGCAAACGUCCUGGCACAGCGCUGUUGCUAUUGGCUACAGAGUGAGCUUCACUCUGAUUCAUUUCAUUGUGUUCACUCUGCUGCUCCUUCAAUACUGCAGGAUCCAAGGUUCCCUGUGUAUUGCUGGCGGUACAUCACGGAAAACCUCGGAUCAGGAUCAGGAGCAGUCAGCAGAGAGGAUUGAGCUCUGCAGCCGUGUGCAGCACACUGGAGUGGAACUGCAAUAGUAUUGCACUGUCCUGCUAAAGAUCAGCCUGAAUGCAUUGUCUUAGAACUACUGUGAAUAUCUGUUCAAACUGCGGCUGUAGUUUACAGAAAAUGACCAUUGACUGGGGUAUUUUCUAAGACCUCAAAACAAAUGGAUUAUUCAUUGAUUGUUUGAUUGAAUUCAUUUAUUUAAUAGAUUGCUUGAUUGCACAGUGUAACUUGAAGUGCAUUACUGAACAAUGUAUGUAUUCAUAAGCUAUCCUUUAGUCAAUAAACUGCUUUAUUCUACUAGUGGUGUUCUGUAUUAUUAAUGAUACACCUUCAACAUGUAUUUGAACUUUCAAAGUAUUGGGGGUUUGAGGUAGCAAAAAGUCAUUAUUAUAGAUAUUAAUGGUAAUAUAAUUAAGUUUCCUAACCGUUGGAAGGGGUGUGUUGU